AUGAAACUCAAUAGUUAUGUUCCACUGGAGUGCCUCACGACUGUUGACUCCGCUGAUUCUCUUCCUGCAUUAGAAGAUUAUUAUUUUAGGCUACGCUCUAAAGAGAUAUACAAAAUGGAGUUCUACUGGGGGCUUUCUCGAGGCAAAAUUGAACAGGAAUCUCACCUGAAUCGUGUUCAAUUACGUUCGGAUAUGAAGCAGCUCUUGGAGAAUGAGGAAUGGACACUUAUCCCGACAGAUGAGACUCUUCAGCGUAUUUACGACCUCCAGGAUUACAACCAAGAAUGCUGUCCUGACAUUCGCAGGAUGUUUACGAACGCCAUUCCAGUGCAAGAUUAUACGUACACACUACUCCCCACAACUUUGAGUCACUACGUGCACAUCAUAUUUCCCAAUUCGUCAACUUUACUGUCAAAACAUCAUCCCUCCACCCUACCACUCCUCAAAGUCGCGUCACCCGUUCACCCUUGCUUUGUCGUUGGAGCAACCUACCACCUCUUCAACCGCUUUUCAAAGCUGCGGAAUCGGCUGAUGAGCUCGGUUUCGUCCUUCUAUCUUCUUCAGCUCCCUUCAAGUGCGCGUGGAUUAGCGGAGUGGCGACCUCAUGACGACGUGAUAACACGUACGCCUCGCCGGCAGAGAGCCUUCAGGCUACGGGAGCCUGACCUGGAAGUUAUGCCACUCCUUUUGGGGCUCCCACAGACGCUGCCUGUCCAGAAAAGAUCUGCGCGAAUCUUGCUUGCAUGUGCAGAAGUUGACGUUGACAUUAUCCUUGUCAAUGACAAUGAAAUUGGGGAAUACGCGUACGAGCCAGUGCAGCGUUGCGUGGACGUGCUAGAGCGUGGAGAUGAGUGGAAGCGGGUGGUUCAGAUGCGACUAUUGUUGAGAAGGCGAGAAGGGAUUAGUUUGUCGGCGAGGUGGCGUACUCCGGCCAUAUGGCGACGGCGAAGGGCGUUGCUCAAGCGGAAAGAUUGGUACUAG